AUAGGAUGCUGUUAACUCUGCACUCCAGAACUCUCCUCCUCACCCUCUCUGCAUCUGCUAGUUUAUGAUAUUCAAACUCCACUUUCACUCUCCUAGUAUAUUUGAUUCCCUUAAAAUCAUACUCCUCUAAGCCAGUUAUCUCACAAAUGGGAACUCCAACUUUCAGCUCUGUACUCUUUAGCCUCCUCCUCCUCCUCCUUUUGUGUCUCACUUGGCCAACUUCUGUUUCUUCACUUCCUAUGUCUCUGAGAAGCCAAGCUUCUAUCUUGGUUUCUCUCAAACAAGGUUUUGAAGCUAACACUUCUUGUCUGAGCAACUGGGACAUGUCUAACUACAUGUCACUUUGCACUUGGGAUGGCAUUCAGUGUGACCAUAAGAACAGUUCUGUGGUGUCACUAGAUAUAUCCAACUUGAACGUUUCUGGGACACUUUCACCUGCUAUCACAGGACUCAGGAGCCUAGUCAGUGUUUCACUUGCUGGGAAUGGCCUUUCUGGGGAGUUCCCAGCAGAUAUUCACAAGCUAGCAGGGCUCAGAUUCCUCAACAUAUCUAACAAUAUGUUCAGUGGAAAUAUGAGUUGGGAAUUCUCCAAGUUGAAUGAGCUUCAAGUGCUGGAUGCUUAUAACAACGUGUUCAAUUGCUCCCUCCCUUUUGGUGUCACUGAGCUCCCUAAGCUCAAGUACUUGAAUUUUGGUGGGAAUUAUUUCUAUGGGGAAAUCCAUUCAAGCUAUGGAAACAUGUUGCAGCUCAACUAUUUGUCUCUUGCAGGAAAUGAUUUGAGAGGUUUCAUACCCACUGAGCUUGGGAAUCUCAUCAAUCUGACAAAGCUUUUCUUGGGAUAUUACAAUCAAUUUGAUGGUGGAAUCCCACCUCAUUUUGGUAAGCUUAUCAAUUUAGUUCAUCUUGACCUUGCAAACUGUGGCUUGAAAGGUCCAAUUCCAGCUGAGUUGGGAAACCUCUACAGACUAGACACUCUCUUCUUGCAAACUAAUCAGCUCACUGGUUCAAUCCCUCCCCAACUAGGCAAUUUGAGUAGCUUGAAAUCUCUUGAUUUAUCUAAUAAUGAGCUAACAGGAGACAUACCAAAUGAGUUCUCUAGGCUUCAUGAACUUACCCUCUUGAACUUAUUCAUUAACAGGUUGCAUGGUGAAAUCCCACCUUUCCUUGCUGAGCUACCUAAGUUGGAAGUGUUGAAGCUUUGGCAGAACAACUUCACAGGAACCAUUCCUUCAAAGCUUGGCCAGAAUGGUAAAUUGACUGAGCUUGACCUGUCAACAAAUAAGCUCACUGGAUUAGUCCCCAAAUUUCUAUGCCUUGGCAAGAGGCUGAAGAUUUUGAUAUUGCUCAAUAAUUUUCUGUUUGGAUCUUUGCCUGCUGAUCUUGGUCAAUGCUACACACUCCAAAGAGUUCGUCUGGGACAGAACUAUUUGACAGGAUCACUACCAAAUGGAUUUCUUUAUUUGCCUGAGCUAUCCCUUCUGGAACUACAGAACAAUUAUCUUAGUGGUUGGCUUCCACAAGGAACAACUACUACAACACCCUCUAAACUUGGACAGUUGAAUCUAUCAAACAACCGCUUAUCUGGGUCUCUGCCAACCUCUAUUGGAAACUUUCCCAACUUGCAAAUUCUGCUACUUCGUGGAAAUAGAAUCUCAGGAGAAAUUCCUCCUGAUAUAGGGAGGUUGAAAAAUAUUCUCAAGUUGGAUAUAAGUGUUAACAACAUUUCAGGCAGCAUUCCUCCUGAGAUAGGUAACUGUUUAUUGCUCACCUAUUUAGAUUUGAGCCAAAACCAAUUAUCAGGUUCAAUCCCAGUUCAGGUUUCUCAAAUUCACAUACUAAACUAUCUUAAUGUCUCAUGGAACCACCUGAACCAAAGUCUUCCCAAGGAACUUGGGGCCAUGAAGGGCUUAACUUCAGCAGAUUUCUCUCAUAAUGACUUCUCCGGUUCAAUACCUGAUAUGGGACAAUUCUCAGUCUUUAAUUCUACAUCCUUUGUGGGUAAUCCUCAGCUCUGUGGAUAUGACUUGAAACCAUGCAACCAUUCUUCAUCGGCAAUAUUGGGUUCUCAGGACAAAGGCAGUGCAAAACCUGGAGUUCCUGGGAAGUAUAAGCUUCUUUUUCCAUUGGCAUUGUUAGGUUGUUCAUUGGUGUUUGCAACCUUAGCCAUUAUCAAGAGCAGAAAGGAAAGGAGGCACUCCAAUUCAUGGAAGCUCACAGCGUUUCAGAAGUUAGAAUAUGGAAGUGAAGACAUCUUAGGGUGCAUAAAGGAAAGCAAUGUCAUAGGAAGGGGAGGAGCUGGGGUUGUAUACCGAGGAACCAUGCCAAAUGGGGAGCAAGUAGCUGUGAAGAAGCUGUUGGGAAUCAAUAAUGGUUGUUCUCAUGAUAAUGGCCUCUCUGCAGAAAUAAGGACACUAGGUAGAAUCAGGCAUAGGUACAUUGUAAGGUUGCUAGCAUUUUGUUCCAAUAGAGAGACCAAUUUACUUGUUUAUGAGUACAUGCCAAAUGGAAGCUUGGGUGAAGUCUUGCAUGGGAAAAGGGGGGAGUUUCUCAAGUGGGAUACUAGGCUGAAAAUAGCAACAGAAGCUGCAAAAGGGCUUUGUUAUCUGCACCAUGAUUGUUCCCCUCUGAUAAUCCAUAGAGACGUCAAGUCAAACAACAUAUUAUUGAACUCUGAAUUUGAGGCUCAUGUUGCUGAUUUUGGGCUUGCCAAGUUCUUGCAAGAUACUGGGACAUCAGAAUGCAUGUCUUCCAUUGCUGGUUCUUAUGGCUAUAUAGCUCCAGAAUAUGCAUACACACUAAAAGUUGAUGAGAAAAGUGAUGUCUAUAGCUUUGGAGUGGUACUGUUAGAACUACUAACAGGGCGAAGGCCAGUGGGUGAUUUUGGGGAAGAAGGACUAGACAUUGUUCAAUGGAUGAAGCUACAAACCAAUUGGAGUACAGAAAAAGUGGUGAAGAUCAUUGAUGAGAGGCUAUGUAACAUUCCAUUAGAUGAAGCAAAGCAAGUAUUCUUUGUAGCCAUGUUAUGUGUUCAGGAACAAAGCGUGGAGCGACCAGCCAUGAGGGAAGUGGUUGAAAUGCUAGCACAAGCAAAGCAACCAAAUGCAGUGAGUGAUCUAGGAAAGGAAAGAAAGUAACAAAAAUAAGAAAAGGAAACAACAAAGAAAAAGCUUAGUCUAUACGCACGCCUUGCAUUGCAUGUAUGUGUUCAUGUUGUCGGUUGGUAAAAGGUGUCAAUUUUCCUAAUAGUUUGUCAUUUGAGUUUUGAAGAUAUAUAAAUAUUUAUUUUCUUCUUUAUUAAUACUUAGCUAAGCAGUGGGACUGGGAGCAAGACUUGCAUAUGUUGUAGGCAUACUGGAACAUUCACUAUAGUUGGACAAUGAUGCAUUAGAAAUGUUAAUACUAUCUUAGGAGUUUGCAUAAUACAUUGGAAUUGGGAUUGAAGUUGAAUUACUUGGCUUGAGAGUUUACUACUUGUUUGUAAUU